GUCACAGCUUAUAUUGGCAAACGACCUUGUUUCCGACCCUGCGUUCGGUGAGCUAGGUUCAAAUAGUCAGCCCGUGAGCUGAUUCGGAAGCCAGGAGUUAUUCCAGCAGCAUUUGCAAACGCGACGCCAGAGCGCCUCUCGCGGAACCGCUGUUGGCCUCCUCUCUCCCUUCCGGAAUGGCGGCCCUCCGCGUGUUCCUUCUCGCUGCCGUGUGCAUCUUCGGCGCGGCUUCCGCGGAGCUCUUCGGUGCGCAGCCCGAUGGCGGUCUGUACAUCACUCCCGACGUGCUCAACAACUGCAAGUCUCUUCCCGGGACCGCUGCCGAUGGCUCUGGAAACGCGAUGCUCCUCACGGCGACAGGCUCGGUGACGGAUAUCAAGGAGGAGGGUACGGACUUGGGCGAUUGUUGCCCCCUUCCCUACAAGGGCACCCCUGCGAAAUUCACCCCGGACUCCAGCAAGCCCCUCAACGUCCGCCGCUCAUGGCUCGAGGUUCAGAACGACCCCGUCUACAUGGCUAAGCUGGCCAAGGGCUUCCAAAUGAUGAGGGAUCUGGAUGGCAACUCCAAGAGCCCCAACAGUCUCAAGAACCAGGCUAGGGUGCACUGCGUCCACUGCACGACUUCCAAGACCCAGGGCUACAUCCACAACGGGUGGCACUUCCUGCCGUGGCAUCGCGCCGAGAUCUACUAUUUCGAGCAGUCCAUGCAGUACUUGCUCCAGGACCCCACCUUCGCCAUGCCCUACUGGGAGUGGGACAACCCGGCCGGCACCUGGCUGCUCCCCCAGUACCUGGACAGCAAAUCCGCCCUGUGGGACAGCAAGCGUACCCAGAACCAGUCUGCGGGCAUCUCCCUCAUGAAGCGGUACAACUCCCCCGAGGAGACCUACAAGGCGAUGACCGGCAUCAAUGACCCGUACCUCUUCCACGGUCUGAACGACCCCACCGUCAGCAGCUACGGCAACCAGGGCACCCUGGAGAUCCUCCACGGGUGGCCCCACAGCGCGGUCGGCGCGCAGGCGCAGUUCCAGCCCGGCCUCGACCCGGAGCUCUUCCCCGAGUCCGGCACGUGCGCCACGUGCCGCUUCCACGACAUGGGCUCCUUCACCACCUCCGGCUGGGACCCCGCCUUCUGGUCUCACCACUACAACAUUGACCGUCUCUGGGAGGAGUGGCUGAAGCAGCCUAACCCCAACACCACCUCGGGCGUCAACGAGAACUUCGACGAACCCGCGUGGCUCGAGUCGACCUACACCUUCUACCGCGCGGACGGGGUUAUGGAAACCAUCCAGGUUAAGGACGUCCUCGACACCAAGAACCUGGGCUACGUGUACUCGCCCGCGCUCAACAGCUGGAACGCCACCAACUCCGUCAAGUCCGGCGUCGCCGGGCGCGUCGCGGCCGCGGCCGCGGCCGCCGCACCCGCGGGCGCCCGCAAGCUGCUCCAGUCCGCGGAGCUCCCGCCCGCGCUCACGGUCGACGAGCUGCUCGCGCAGUACCCUGAGAAGGAGUACACGUACGGCGAGCUGACUCCGAAGCUGGAGGCCCCGGUGCACAUCGGGAGGGGCAUCUCCCACUGGCGCAUCAAGCGCACGCCGACCACGAUCGUCGGCGCGCAGGAGAUCCUCAUCUUCUCCAACAUCUCCGCCCGCAUGGACGAGCGUUCCAUCAUCGAGGUGUGGAUCAACAAGCCGAACGUGACGAUCAAGGACAAGCUGAGCUGGCACUACGCGGGGGCUUUGACCCAGAUCCCUAUGUCCCCCAACAGCAACAACGUCCUCUCCACACAGCUCUACUCCACCGCCAAGAACCGCCCCCUGCAGAUUAACACCGAUCUGUACAACCUGGGCCUGCUCAAGGCUACCGAGCUGCUCAUUACGCUGGUCCCCGUCGAGUACUUUGUCGACGAGCAGAACAAUGCGUUCCGCGCCGCGCCCCAGUUCAGCACCAUCUCUCUGGGCGGAGCGGAAAUCCAUCAAGGAACCCUCAAGUCUUACUUCCAGAAGUAAAACUCGGUUAACUGGUUAACCCUCGUCGGAGGCGGAGAGGAAAACUUGGUUAAGUGGUCAACUUUCGUCGGCGAAAGUCAGGCGAAGAGUGCUUUGCUAACUGGACCGUAAGUUCAGCAGCACGGGUUGGUCGAGAGUCGUCGUCGUUGGAGCCCCCCGAGUCUUAGCGAACCGGGCGGGUUAGUAGUAGGGUUAGGGACGUGGUUUUCCAGUCCCCGGAGCGUGCGUAACCGGGCCGUUUAGUAAGGAUAGAGAUGGGGUAUCAAUCGCGGUCCGUGAAAGUGUUGGCAAGCACGUGGGAGGAAAGGGGCGCAUCGAUUUUCGCCCGUACAGUCUCCUUUCACCGCCGUCUGUUGUGCUCUGCAGAAGUUUCUUAGCGGUUAUACGCCACUUGCAUCCGUCAGCAAUAAAGCGCAGGCGGUCAUUGACCAAGUUGGAAGCAGGUGUUGUAAAACAUUCGUUGCGCUGGUAGCAGGUCAAGUGGGUGCAUUGCUAACGAGUUGCACGGUCGUGUGCUGUCAUUGUUUCGGCUGAAGUACGGUAUGCCAGGUGUCAGUCAAACCAAGACCAUCUUUAUUGUUGAUGCAAGACCAUAUGUAUUUAUGUUCUGAGUUCAACGUCAGUCAAUUUUCCCCUCU